CGUCAGCACGUGUGCAGCAGUCCUGUAGCUUCUGUCCAGUACGUGAGUUACUGCAUGCUCGCUCGCUGUUCGAAGGAACGUAUCUAGGAGGUGGCCGCGUGUUGUUUUUCUGCACUUCGCCCCAAAAUAUUUAUUAUUUCAAACUUUUUUCUCUCGAGCGAUGAGGGCCCUGUUGUACGUCCAUCAUGGAGAAGUAGGAGGAGGUCAGUGCUUCAUUUUGGCGAUCUGACGCUGAGCUGGCUGCAAAACUUCUUGGAACAUAAAGGCGAAGGUGCUUAUUGUGUCAGUAAUUCAACACGGAGCGGAUUUUUGAAGUGAGGAAAAUGAUUUUCUGGAAUAUUCACUCGAGAACCUGCAGAGCAUGGCUGUCUCGGGUUUCCUUGAGGCAGGAAACUUGUUUCUUCUCCACAGUGCCUCCCCAGCCAGUGCCCCCUUUGGCCCAGACCCUUCAGGGCUAUCUGAGGGCGCUAGAACCCUUGUUGCCCCCAGAGGAGCUCAGCCACACCCGGAGGAUGGUGCAUGAGUUCGGAAGACCGGGUGGUCUGGGACCACAGUUGCAGGAGGGGCUGGAGAGGAGAGCCAGACAAACCAGGAACUGGAUCACGGACUGGUGGGUUCAGUGGGCGUACCUGGAGAGCAGACAGCCUCUGCCCGUGCACUCCAGCCCGGCCAUCUCUCUGCCCAGAAGAGAUUAUAAUGACUGGAGGAGCCAGUUAGUGUUCGCAUCUAAACUGAUAGCAGCAGUUCUUGACUUUAAGAACAGAAUGGACACUGGGCAGCUGCAGGUCGAGUACAUGCGAAGGAAGCCUCUGUGCAUGGAGCUCUACCCGCUCCUCUUCUCUUCCUGCAGGAUCCCCGGCCCCAAGCAUGACUACGUCGCCCACUAUGGCAACACUCGACGCUCGCCAACACACAUCACAGUGGUCAGGAACUACCAGUUCUUCCAGCUGGAAGUUUAUAACAGUGACGGCUCGCGGAUGACAGAGAGUCAGAUCCACGGGCAGCUGCUGAGGAUCAGGUCUCAGUCCUGGAAGACCGACAAAGAGCCGAUGGGCAUCCUGACCAGCGAGCAUCGUCAUACCUGGGGAGAGGCUUACAACCGGCUGCUGAGAGACAAACUUAACCAGGAGUCAGUGCGGAUGAUAGAGACGGGACUUUUCUCCUUGUGUCUGGACUCUCCAGUCAUGAGGAUAUCAGAUGAGAAGUACGCCAGCCGCAAGGCAGCCCAGGUGCUCCACGGAGGCGGGACUUUCUCCAACAGCGGAAACCGCUGGUUUGACAAAACGCUGCAGUUUGUGGUGGGUGAGGAUGGUUCAUGGGGUCUCCUGUAUGAGCAGGCCACAGCUGAGGGUCCGCCCAUCACAAACCUGCUGCAUCACAUCCUGGAGUAUUGCGAGAAACCAGACCCUAAAAGAGCUCCGCUGGUUCCUCUACCAAUGCCCAAGAAGCUUUACUUCCACAUAGACAGGGAGAUCAAGCGGGACAUAGAGCAGGCGAAGCAGAACCUCGACAUACUGAUCAACGACCUUGAUGUCAAUGUCUUCAACUUCAAGAAGUUUGGCAAGGAGCUUCCCAAGAAGCACAACAUGAGUCCGAACUCCUUCAUCCAGGUCGCUCUGCAGCUUGCCUACUACAGAGUUCACAAUGAGGUCUGUCCAGCCUGUGAUAUUGCCUCCCAGAGGAUGUUUCGUAGAGGAAGGACAGAAUACAUCCGCUCGCCCACAAAUCAGACGCUGAAAUUCAUUCUGGCCUUUGAUGAUCCAUCUGUAUCGCGGGAAGCAAAAAUCCAGCUGUUCACAGAAGCUGUGGAUGCCUAUUCAGCUCUGACUGCGCAGGCACUAAAGGGAUACGGCAUUGAUCGCCAUCUGCUGGGGCUUAAGCUGCAGGCCAUCACGGAGGGACUCAGCAUUCCUAAAAUCUUCAUGGAUACGGCUUACGGUCUGGCAACGCACUGGAAGCUGCGAACAGGACAGGUGCCUGCAAACACUGACAGCGUGAUGUGUUUCGGGCCGCUCGUUCCCGACGGUUACGCUGUGUGUUACAACCCCCAGGCAGACCAUGUCCACUUUUCUGUCACCGCCUUCAACUGCUGCGAGGAAACUAAUGCAGAGACGUUAGCGCGCACUCUGAGGGACACCUUGUGUCAUCUGCAGGAGAUGCUGCAGCCUACUGUGUAGAGCUGCAUCAUCAUCUUUAUCUUAAAGAAAAAAAAAAAGGUUUGUGUAAAACAUUUUGUACAGCUCUUGUUGUCAUGUACAUCUCGAUAUGCCUCAUUAGAGCUUUUGAUUCCGAAAGAGCCUGAAAAACUAAACUCUGGCUCUGAGAUGCUUUUGAUACUUUUUUAAAGCUUUUCAUAAAGUAAUAAAUCUUUCUGCAUGAUCAAGUUGUUUAAUGGCUGCUUCAGUGGAUUCAUCUGAAGGCGUCUUGCGAUUACAGUGAAAGCAAAAACAAGGUUUAAGCCGACCUGACACUCCAGCAUUAAACUGACACCACUCCUUUUACACCUCAGGAUAUCACCAUCUGCCUUCUGGUACCUUCCACUGAGAAUAAAUGUUUGAUAUGUUUACUCAGUUAAUCAACACUUUUUGGAGCAUUUGAUUUUGUAGGUUAACAUGAGUGUUUUAAUUGGACCAAAGGACAUAGAGCAGGUGUGUGUGUGUUGGUGUUAGUCUAAAGAAAUGACAGGUGUUUUCUGUUCCGGGCUCAGAUCACCUUAACUUCAGGAUGUAUUUUGAAUAUAAGUUUGGCUCCUCAGAGGGACGUGUCGUGUAGUUUUUCUGUAGGAUUGGUUAAUAAAGCCUAUGAUCAC